AAGCACUCUAAUCAAAUUAGCAAUUGAACCAUUCUUGUAUGUUCCCUAAACCUCUCUAGUAACCACAGGCAACCUGGGUUUUACAACUCAAAUGACACCACUAUACUUAUAGUUUCUUGCUUAGGCACCUCAGAUUCCUAUGUCCCCGCUGCCCGGGGCUGCCUAUCGAAGGAGGGAAGAUACAGCAGAUCUCAGAAGGAGGCCAGCAGUAGUGAAGUCCAGAAUCCCACCUCAGUUCUGCCCUCAGUCUUCUGCCUGCCCAGCGUCAUGAAGGUCCUCGGGGCCACCGUCCUUGCCCUCCUCUGCACCGUGGCCCUUUGCUCCUAUAUAAGAGAUAAAAUUUACACCGUACCCACCUGCUGCUUCUCCUACAUGUCCCAGAAGAUCCCCCGCAAAUUUGUGGUUGCCUAUUUUAAGACCAGCAGCCAGUGCUCCAAAGAUGCUAUUAUCUUUCUCACCAGAAAGGGCCGGCAUCUCUGUGCCGAUCCCAGUGAUGCCUGGGUUCAGGAAUACAUCAGCAACACGAAGGAGAAUUCCCAAGUGGACCAGCGGCUCAGUGCUCCAGUGGGCAUCAAGACCCCAAAUAAGGGGAUGCCCACCAUAACCCCAGAAGUCCCCUCUCCCAUGAGUCCGUCCCCAUUCCGCUAAGCACAUUCUGAAUUCUUCCGUUAAUCGUAAAGUAUUUUAAGUAUUGUAAAUCGUUGUGUUCAUUUGUUGCUUCCUCUGAGAAAUCAUGUAACCCCCUCUUAUCCCCAAACCCUUUCUCAGUCACACAGUGGUUGAUUCAUAUUCAGAAUAACGGGGAAUGAUUGCGCUCCUGCCUCUGGGUAGACAUUGGACCAAACCUAUC